AACCACAAACCGCAUUUUCGUUCAUUUAGACCAUAUAUACUUUUUAAAUUUGCCCCUAAAGUUGCAGGGGUGUUUUUGUGGGGGGAGCACAUUUCAGUCGCCCUGGAGCGGUACGCCAUGCUCUCUCACGCCGACCUCCUGGAUGCUCGGCUCGGUGAGUUGUCCUCACUAAACUCCGGCCCUAAACUCCAGUGGAUGAAAGAUGCCGCGGAGCUACUCGGACACAGAGAAGCUCUUAAGUGUCGGCUGGGAGGUGGGGUUCCCGAGCAGGGCCAUCCGGGAGACAUGGCCCCCGGCUCGGACUCAGUGGAGGGAACCACUCUGUUGCCGGGCGAAGACAUCGCCGCCGUGGGCUCCAACUCCGCCGGCAUGCCGGUGAACGGGAAGGAGCAGGAGAAGCAGCAGCAGCAGCAACAGCAGCAGCAGCAGCCGCAGCAGAGCUCCGGACAGAGCGCCAGCCAGCAGAAACAGAAGCGGCACAGGACGCGCUUCACGCCGGCGCAGCUCAACGAGCUGGAGCGCAGCUUCGCCAAAACCCACUACCCAGACAUCUUCAUGAGGGAGGAGCUGGCGCUGAGGAUCGGCCUCACCGAGUCCAGAGUUCAGGUUUGGUUCCAGAACAGACGUGCCAAGUGGAAGAAAAGGAAGAAGACCACCAACGUGUUCCGCGCCCCCGGCACGCUGCUGCCCACCCCGGGCCUGCCGCAGUUCUCCGCCGCGGCCGCCAUGGAGAACAGCCUGUGCUCGUUCCACGCCAACGACUCGCGCUGGGCCACGGGGAUGCCCGGGGUGUCCCAGCUCCAGCUGCCGCCGGCCCUGGGCCGCCAGCCGGGCAUGGCGCAGUCCCUGUCACAGUGCAGCCUGGGCCCGGGCCCGCCGCCGAACUCCAUGGGUCUCUCCAACGGCCUGUCCUCCAACGGCUCCGGCCUGCAGUCCCACCUGUACCAGACGCCUUUCCCAGGAAUGUCGGCGUCCCUGUCCGGCCCCACGAACGUAUCGGGCUCCCCGCAGCUGUGUAGCUCCCCGGACAGUGACAUGUGGAGAGGGACAAGCAUCGCGUCACUCAGGCGCAAAGCGCUGGAGCACACAGUGUCCAUGAGUUUCACUUAGUGACUUGUCACCCACCGCACCCCUGCUCCUCCCUGCAGCUUUUUUUUUUUUUWAWUUUUUUUUCCUGUUUUAAUCCUGCUGUUUAGAUCCAAACCAGAGAAAGAGACCUGAAAUAGGAGAAAAUGGAGUCGAAAAAUAACAGGACGAGACUGAUGGACAGAAAAAAGACGGGGGAAAAGAUCAAAUUGUCUAUCUUGUUAUUUCAAAUGGAUUUGAUGAACUCUUGAAGAUAAAUACUGAUGUAAUGAUCUUUAGAUAAAUAGGUCCUAAUUACUGGGAGCCAAACAAUUGUUGUAUUUAUGUUUUCAUGGACGUGUCUUUACGCACACGUUAUUGUAUUCAGGUGACGUUGUGUUCUGUCAAGCCGUUCUGACUGGGUUCUGGUAUCAGUCCACCAUAGAGAGCCUCCUGAACUGAACUGGAUCCCAGGCAUGAAUUAAAGCUUAAAACUAAAGGAUUGACUCGACACUUUUCUCAGAUGAACUCAGUCUGGUCUGCAGGAAACGUGAGCAUACAUCAAAGUGGGGGGGCAAAAUAAAAAUAAAAUAAAAAUAUGAAACGACCCCUCAGUAUAAGCCUACUCUGUUUUAGGAUGUUUUGUGUAGAUGAAACAUUCUUGCUGUACACGCUGGUCUUUUUUGUGACAUGUUUUAAUUGUAUGUGCUUUUACUUGACACAUUUCUUAAGUGUUUGAUCUCUCACGUCGAAACGCAUCAUAUUGACGGGUUUGUACCGAUUUAAAAUGAAGAAACAAAUAAAAGUACUUUUCAAGAAUGUC